UCUACUUUUCUAACAGAAAACACGUCAAAGAUGAAGAACUACUUCUCAUGUAUAGCUUUAUUUGAGUAAAUAUCACACCUUUUAUCGGUUAAAGAGCAGCUCAACGCUACUUCCGUGUUGAUUUGUAUGGGAUCGGGGCCAAAAUAUCAAAUUCAUUUAUAAAACCAACAUUUUUUUAACCAGAACUUGAUUUAUAAAUACUUUCUGAAAUGUGAUAUAUCUCAGUCAAUGUAAUGCAGGUUCUAAUAAUAGUACAAAGACAAGUUCUACAGCUGAAUAUCAAUAUUUUAACCCUCUGUUCAUUUGGAUGUUGCUGUUUAGUAGAUGUAUUAUUUAGCUUUAAUAUCAUUUAGGUGGGAAUAAUAACCAUCCACAAAAUGUAUCGUCUUGCAGCUUUAAUAACCGGUAUUUUGUCGGUAAACACACCAGCUGCUGAAUAUCUAAAAAGAAGAAUUUGUAGCUAAACAUAUGAAAGUAUGGAUGUAUAAAGAGAAGCUCAAUUGUACAUUCAGAGAGUACCCGUAUGUGGGCCCAUAGAGCAUGCGCAGUUCAGUUUGCCCUUAAGCCCCGCCUCCGAUCUCCUUCACUCUUGUCAGUCAAAUGAAUGGAGAGAGAAAAUACCUCUGGAUUCAGCUUUCAGCGCAUUUUAGAACUUUUAAAAAUACAAUGAUUUAAAUAAGGGCCAUAAAAGAGUUCGUCCUGGGUAGUUUAUUUAUCGACAAAAAAAGUAUGCGCUGAUUUACAGACGUUUCUUUCCCCCCAUGUAAGUCAAUGGGGAAAAAGCCAGUUUGGGCCAAAAUGACUUCACGGAAGUUGUAGUACCACAGUUUGGCCACUACGCCCAUUCAUAAAAUUGGCUUCAACAACCGGCGCACUUCCCGUAGCUUGCUGAUAGCUAGCUUAGGUUAGCUAUAUCACGCUGAAUGCUACCGUAUUUACAGUCACGAGACACGACACUAUACUUUAUAUCCUUAUUAACUCCGUGUUUGUAUCAGUAUCUACGUUAUUAAAUGUACGCUAUUCACAGGGGAUUUUAUCGUGCUAACAUCUACAGCUAGGAGGCUAGAAACAUGUUAGCUGGCUGCUAGCUUUGUUAUGCUAACGUGUUAUGCUAGGUUAGCUUAUCUUGUUUUGCUAUGAAGUAUUUCAGACACAGAUUUCAAUUGAAUGUACAUGAACAUUUCAGGUACUUGUACUUUACUUGAGCGUUUUCAUUUCAGGCUAUUUUAUACUUGUUUUGUACUACUACAUAGUUGGGAUGUGACUCGAUGGAAGAGACGAGAUAAUGCUAUAGAGUCGAGACGCUUUCAAGCCCCGGCCACACGGAGACGAAACGGGUUGUAUCCGCUACAGUUCUCUUUCGUAUAGACGGUUCGUCCACACGAGGCCGACACGGAAACGCGGAUAACGAUAACGGCUCCCAAGGUGGGUAGAUCUGCGGACGCAACGCUCUGGGGGGCCAAACGGCUAUGUGUGUACGUCCUAUACGCCAUAGCCCCGCCUCUCCCCACCUCUCCUGCUCAGCCCCGCGUCACCCGCGUCAUUGCUGAUGUGUUUCGGCAAAAACAAUGGCGGAUCACAGGGUUGCUUUCGUGCUCCAGACGCUACUGACCAUGAUACAGAUGUUAGUGCAACAUCUACAGCUCCUCUACCACCACCAUCAGCAACAAGUGGACAUGGAGAACAACAUGAACUACAUGAACUACAUGCUGCUAAAUCCACCUCGGGGAAUAAACAGAAGGGCAACCAGGAGAAGGUUUUGGAUAAGACCGGGCAGAACCAGCAGUUGGUGGGACAAUUUUGUCGAUGGCGUUGUCGUGGAUGAUGAAUGGAGGGAGAACUUUCGCAUGUCCAGAGCCUCUGUCGUCGCCCUGACUGAAGAACUGCGCCCAUAUAUCGAAAGGCAAACAACAAACAUGAGGGCACCAAUUGAUCCACUGAAAAGGGUUGCGUUAAUACUUUAUUACCUGAGCGAUGGGGGAAGGCUACGGAAGACUGCUAACGCCUUCGGCGUUUCGCGCCAGGCUGUGUCCAUCAUUAUUAGGCAGACAUGCAGAGCGAUCUCCAUCCACCUGGGUCCAAAAUACAUCAAGCUGCCUUUUACUGAGCCCGAGACCGCGGAUCUGGUUGAGGGCUUCGAUCGUGCUCAUCGCAUGCCACAAUGUUUAGGAGCAGUGGACGGAACCCACAUCGAAAUCAAGCAGCCAUCUACCAACCCCACUGACUACAUCAACAGGAAAGGCACACAUUCCCUUAAUGUACAGGCCGCCUGUGAUUACAAGUACCGAUUCAUGGAUGUCGUGGUAAAGUGGCCUGGGAGUGUGCAUGAUGCACAGGUCUUUGCUAAUUCAAAGCUAAACAUGUACUUAAAGACUGGAAAGAUCCCUGCUCUGAGAAAACAGAUUGUGGACGACGAGGAGGCCAUACCAAUUUAUCUUCUUGGUGAUCCUGCCUACCCGCUGCUGCCGUACCUGAUGAAGGAAUAUGCAACCGGUGGCGCCACAGCUAAGGAACAGUACUUUGGGCUAUCUUUGUGUAGGGCACGUAUGGUCAUUGAGUGUGCUUUUGGUCGCCUCAAGGCCAGAUUUGCGGCACUUAGAAGGCCUAUGGACACAAACUUGGAUGACCUGCCCCAUGUCAUUUACUCCUGCUUUGUCCUCCACAAUUUUUGUGAGGUCCAUAAGGAGGCUGUGGAUGAUCAGUCUGUGUUGGGAACAAUUCAAGGUGAAAAGGACUUACAGCCUCCCACACAGUGCAACCACCAUCUCACUGACUGUGAUGAGGGGGAGGGAAAGAGAGUGAGGAGAGUGCUUACGGCGUACAUUGACCCUUAGGACUACAUGAAAAACACUGUUAUUUCUUUUGGAAGGUUUUUAUUAAGAUCUGAUAAACAUUCUUUGUUACAUUCCCUGUCCUCACUGUGCAGCUCCUUCAGCGACAGGCUGCUGCACCCCCGCUGUUAAAUAGCAACCAACUGUGUGCUAUAUGUGCAAAAUAUAUAUAUGUUGUUAAUAACUGUGUAAUAUAUACCUGGCUGCUAAAUCCUCAGAACUGUUACAGGAUGUGUAUUUUCUAAAUUGUGUAACUUUUUAUUUUGUAUUAGAUCAUCAUUUUUUUUUACUUAGUACUUUUUAAUGCAUGUAACAUAAAGCAAAACAAAUAUGUGAUUCUCCAAUGUUCAAAGUGUGAAAUUAAAAAAAUAAAAUUGGCUGCAACCACUUCCAGACUUUCUUUGAACAUAAAGUGCAACAAAUAACAAAUGUGCAAACGCAGUAUCAUAUAUAUAUAUAUUUAUACUUUCCCAGAAGGACCCACCGUGACACGGGUGUCACAUGAACUUUAAAUGUUCUGGAAAGUUCCUUAUACAGCUUUAGCCUUUAUUUGAUCUCAUGAAGUCCCUCAGUGACACACUCUGAACAGUCUGGUGGGUCAUGGUCCAGGUCAUGUGACUUUGUGUUCCCAUGACAACAUGUCCAAGAUGUCCAUGCGCGAUGCUAACACGUGUGACCGAACUAGCAACAUUUCAAAAGCUUUUUUGUUUGUUGCUAAAGGUAAAAUUCAAGCCAUUUAAGAAUGUCCUUUAUUACAUUUAACCUGUUGAUAAAGUUGAUAUGGAACAAAUGAGACAAACAUCGCUGUGACACUGACCGGGACUUUAAUCCUAAACUUUCACAGUAAACCCAAAGUGGCAUAUAUGCACAAUUAUAAAUAUGACUAUGAUCUGCUCAGUUAACUUAGCUGAUUCAAUUAUAUUUAGUUAAUAUAUUCUUCAAUUCAAAGAAUGUUCAAACCAAAAAAUCAUCCUCAUUCAUGAAGUUAUAUAAAAGAGUUAUUUUACCAUUAACGCCCAAUGGGACAUAUGUGUCACUUUUCAGAUAUUUGACACUAGGGGGGGUUACUUGUCAGAAAUGUGGUCUAUUUAGUCUAAAGUCCAAUACCAUUACAUUCAACUUGCAGCAUUUUAAACAAAUGAGACCUUUCUUAAAUGUCAAUGCUGCAAAGUCACAGCUCCACUGUGUGAUUCCAUCCCACAUUGAAUACUGUUUGACAAACUGGUCGUUUGCUUGAGCCACAAACCUGAAACCCAGAGAGCAGCUGUUCAAGAGAGCUAUCCAGGUGUUUGACAGAAAGCCACAUUCACACCACCUCUGUACCAUCCUGGAGAAACACCAUUUAUUGAGUUUUGACCAUUUUAAGUCUUUUAAAAUAUGUGCUUUUUUUAUAAAUCCCUUAGGGGACUUCAUCCACAGAAAACACACUGGACGCUGCACUAGGUCAGAAACCAGUGGAGACUGUGAGGUCCAUCGCAGACGGACCUCUUUUGGACAAAAUGUCCUCUCCGUUAAAGGCAGCUCUUUGUGGAACAGCCUCCCAACUGAGACACGGGAUUGUCCCACUCUCAAUAGCUUCAAAGGUCAACUCAGAGAAUGGUUGAGAAACAAACGGACGUGUAAUCACCGCUAAAUGCACUUUAACACAGGGGUAUCUCCUCUUACACUUUAGGUAGCUCUUGUAUCUUCUCUUGCACUUUACAUGUCGUUGCUAUAUUGUAUAACCAUGUCAUAAAUACUUGUGUAUGCUGGCCCUUGCUCUUUUGCAGGUUUGUAAAAUGUAAUAUUCUUAAAUGUUUUAUGUGAGGGACUGCGGAUGGAAAUGAGCUCAAAGCUAAAUCUGGCACUGUUACGCUUGACACAUUUUAAUGUAUUAAGUGUUCAUUACCGAGCAUUGUCCCUUCCAAACAAAACAAUAUUGUGUUACAACGCAAACACCUGAAGCUCACUGCUUUAUCAGUCAACUUGGCCCGUAAGGAGGCUGUGGAUGAUCACUGUGUGUUGGGAACGAUGCAAGGUGAAAAGGACACAGUGCCAGAGAUAUCUCACUGACUGUGAUGAGGGAGAGGGAGGAGAGUGCUUGCGGAGUACUUUGACCCUUACAUGAAAGACAAGACUGUUAUUUAUUUUGCAAGGUUUUUUAUUAAGAACAUUCUGUCAGGAUUAUUAUGUCGUGUCACGUGUCUAUGUCUAGGUGUGGGUGUUUUUCCGUUCUCCUUGUCAUGUUUUCCUCCCUGUAUAUUGUCUGGUCUCUUUUCCCUGUGUUUUCAUGUCUGUCGUUAGUUUCCCUGGGGUGUCUAGUUUCCUGAUUGUUUUCACCUGUCACUCCUUGUGUGUCUCCUGUGCUCAUCAGUGU